AUGUCAACUUCACCAUCACAUUCAUCACCAACAUCAACUUCACCAGCACACACAGCACCAAAUUCAGAAAAUGAACCAAGCAAUGAACAAACUAAAUUAAAGUGUGAAGAAUUACUUCAAAUACCAGACUCAAUUAUGUCUGUAGAUGCAUCAACAUUAAUGAAAGAUUACAUUUCUGCAAGUGGUUCACCUCAUGAUGUUAUUAGAUUUUUAUCAGAAAGUUAUAGAGGAUAUGCACAAAUGUGUAAUUUAAUUUGUUAUUGGUCAAAAAUAGCAGGUAUACCCGAAGAACAAACUCAAACACAAUUUGCAAAUCAUUUAAAAGAAGUCAUUAUUAAUAAAUUUGACCCAAAAGUUGCAGAUGAAAUUUUUACAUCAUAUACAACAAUGCCAACAUGGUUAGAUGAAAUGAUAAGUGAUUCAAGAUGGAGAUCGUUAAUUUAUUUAUUAUCAGAAGAACAUAAAAACUCUUUAAUGUUAAAUUUUAUUAUUCAAAGAAUUUCAGAUGCAGGUUACCAAAACGAAAUUGCAUCAUUAAGUACAGCUUCAACAUAUUAUAGUGUUUUUAAUAAAGUAUUAUUUGACUCACUGGCUCAACUAAUAACAUUGGAUGAGAUAUCAUUCCGUCAAGCAUUGGAUGAUUUUAAAAAAGCAUGCUGCUCACAUCAACACACCUAUUUAUAUGCACAAGCUACAAUUCAAAACUUAAUUAAAAAUAAUCCAAAUGCAUAUAACCUAAAAAGAAUUUCACAGGAAUUAGAAUUAGAAGCCAUUAAAAAGAAUAAAAUCGCCCAAAAAAUUUCAUUAAUGAUGUCAGAUAUUUCACAAUACCCAUUAAUUGCGUCAAGUAUUUCAUCACUAUUAAUGUCAAAUACAACAACUACUGGUGAUAUAAUUAAACUCUAUAAUGAAUAUACAAAACCAAAUCCACCACCAGUAGAUUUUCUUAGAUAUCCAAAUUUAUUGGAAUUAUUAUUGAACGAUUUAUUUUGUCCAGGUAAAAACAUUCAAUCUCAACACAAAAGCAAAUGGAUUCAUUUAAUAACCUAUAGUAUCUGUGUAAAUAAUCAAGGUAAAAAAGAUAGCAGCUUUAAUGAUAUUGUACGUGCCAUUGAAGUAGUUCAUUCAAUCUGCCAAUCAAACCCUUUAGGUUCUGAAUUACAAAGCGCCGUCCCACUUUUAAAAGAACAUUUAGAUUUACCUAUUAUCUCGAUGGGUAUUAUGCAAUGGAUUAAACAUAACUUGACUGAUACAACCAAUCUUUCAAGCUACAAUACAUUAUGUGUACCAAUUUAUUUAGAUUUUUUAAGAGACAUUGUUAUUAGACACCCAUUACAUAGAUCAGUUGUAUUAAAUAUUUUAGCCUCGCAUUUUGAAGUAGAAGCACAAGAUUUAGAAUCAUUAGCAAUUUUAGAAAUGAGAAAAAAUGUUAUCGAUAAUAUAGUUUAUUUAUUUAGUUGCGGAUAUGUUAUACCUGUAUUAGAUACCAUCGAGCAAUGGGCACCAAAGAUUGACCCCUCUCUAACUCGUUAUUUUAUCAAUCAAGUUUUAGAUAUAAUCGAACCACCUUACUCCACAACAUUUAUGGACAAAAUGAAAUCCAUUAUUAAAAUUAUCAAUCCAUCAGGUGAAAGCACAAAACUAGAACCUAUAACUCAAAGUUUUUUAGAUCAAUGUAAAAAUCAAUUAAUAGAAAAUAAUAAUCUCAAUAACGGUAAUAAAAAUAAUAAUAGUAAUAAUGGUAAUGGUAAUAGUUCAAAUGAAGAAUAA